GCGGGCGGCACCUGGAGGGCGGCCGAAGAGGACGAGGACACCCGCGCUGCGGCCCCGCGCCCUCCGCAGUCCCCGUGUCGCCGCGGCCGGCGCGUCGGUCCGCGCGGCGAUGGUGUAGCUGCGGCCACCGGAGUGGAGCCCGACCUUCGCCUCGCCGCGCUGCGCCCCUGAGGAGACUCGCUCGGCUCGGCGUCCCGCGCCGGUCACCGCGGCGCCGCCGGCACCAUGAGCGAACAGAGUAUCUGUCAGGCAAGAGCUGCUGUGAUGGUUUAUGAUGAUGCCAAUAAGAAGUGGGUGCCAGCUGGUGGCUCAACUGGGUUUAGCAGAGUUCAUAUAUAUCACCAUACAGGCAACAACACAUUCAGAGUGGUGGGCAGGAAGAUUCAGGACCACCAGGUGGUGAUAAACUGUGCCAUUCCUAAAGGGUUGAAGUACAAUCAAGCUACACAGACCUUCCACCAAUGGCGAGAUGCUAGGCAGGUGUACGGUCUCAACUUCGGCAGCAAAGAGGAUGCCAACGUCUUCGCAAGUGCCAUGAUGCAUGCCUUAGAAGUGUUAAAUUCACAGGAGGCAGCCCAGAGCAAGGUUACUGCUACCCAGGACAGCACUAAUUUGCGAUGUAUUUUCUGUGGGCCAACAUUGCCUAGACAGAAUUCACAACUACCUGCUCAAGUUCAGAAUGGCCCAUCCCAAGAAGAGCUGGAAAUGCAGAGAAGGCAAUUGCAGGAACAGCAGCGACAGAAGGAGCUGGAGAGAGAGCGACUAGAAAGAGAGAGGCUGGAGAGAGACAGGAUGGAGAGAGACAGGAUGGAGAGAGAGCGCCUGGAGCAAGAGCAACUGGAGCGGGAGCGGCAGGAGCGGGAGCGCUUGGAGCGGCAGGAGCGGGAGCGCCUGGAGCAGCUGGAGCGGGAGCAGGUGGAGUGGGAGAGAGAGCGCAGAGCGUGCAGCUCCGCUCCAUCUUCAGACAGCUCCCUGUAUAGCGCUCCACUUGCUGAGUACUCCAGUUGCCAGCCUCCUUCAGCACCUCCUCCAUCAUACGCUCCCGUGUCAGAGGCCACUCCUGAUUACGCUGUGGCACCUGCUUUGCCACCUCCUUCCACACCCCCUACACCACCCCUACGACACUCGGCGACACGUUUCGCAACGUCUCUAGGCUCAGCCUUCCACCCUGUUCUUCCCCAUUAUGCUACAGCUCCUCGACCUCUAAGCAAAAGCUCUCGACCUUCUUCUCCUGUGAACACACCCUCUUCUCAGCCUCCAUCUCCUCCAAUAAUGAUUAGCAGCCCCCCCAGCAAAGCUAUGGGCCCGAGGCCUGUCCUCCCCAUCUGUGUCUCUUCUCCUGUGCCCCAAAUGCCUCUGUCACCGACAGCACCCAAUGGGCUGCUGGACUCUGUAACAUGCCCAGUGUCUCCACCGCCUACCUCAGGGCCCACAGCGCCGCCGCCUUCCCUCGCAUCACUCUCACACUGUGGACCGCAAGCUUCUCCUCCUCCAGGCACCCCUCUUGCCUCAACCCCCUCCUCCAAGCCCAGUGUUCUCCCUUCUCCCUCUGCAGCUGCCCCUGCCUCUGUGGAGACUCCUCUAAACUCUGAGCUGGGAGACUCCUCUGCUUCCGAGCCAGGCUUGCAGGCAGCCUCUCAGCCGGCCGAGACUCCAGCCCCACAGGGCCUUGUCUUGGGACCACCUGCACCUCCACCCCCUCCGCCACUCCCACCAAGCCCCGCCCAGACUGCAGCACUCCCUCCUCCCCCAGGACCCCCUCCUCCACCUCCACUGCCAUCUUCUGGGCCUCCCCCACCACCUCCCCCACCCCCUCUUCCUAACCAAGUGCCCCCUCCUCCUCCACCGCCUCCCGCCCCUCCCCUCCCCACAUCUGGAUUUUUCUCCGGAUCCAUGUCAGAAGACAAUCGCCCUUUAACUGGACUUGCAGCUGCAAUUGCUGGAGCAAAGCUUAGGAAAGUGUUACGGGUGGAGGACGUCUCUUUCCCAAGCGGAGGGAGCACCGUCAGUGUGAACUCAGCCUCAUCCAAAACAGAUAUAGUUCGUGGAAAUGGACCCCUUCCUCUAGGGGGUAGUGGUUUAAUGGAAGAAAUGAGUGCCCUGCUGGCCAGGAGGAGAAGAAUUGCUGAAAAGGGAUCAACAGUAGAAGCAGAACAGAAAGAAGACAAAAGUGAAGAAUCGGAGCCUGUAACUUCUAAGGCCUCUUCAACAAGUACACCUGAACCAACCAGAAAACCCUGGGACAGAACAAAUACAGUGAAUGGUAGCAAGUCACCUGUCAUCUCCAGACCCAAAUCCACACCCUCAUCUCAACCCAGUACCAACGGAGUCCAGACAGAAGGCCUUGACUACGACAGACUGAAACAGGACAUCUUAGAUGAGAUGAGGAAAGAGUUAACGAAGCUAAAAGAAGAACUCAUUGAUGCAAUCAGGCAGGAACUGAGCAAGUCAAAUACUGCAUAGAGAAGCAAACUAAAGAGAGAUAGGACUUUAAUCUGGAGAAAAACAAAAAUUCCUACAAACAACUGUCAGCAACAACCCCCUACAAUUUUGUGAGCUGUAAGAAGAAAAUGGAGACAGACAGGAGGGAAAACAGACGUCCUCUGAAAGCCUGCAGACAUUAUGACUGGCAAUCAGCUGCUUCCCUCAGUUUGCUGAUUUUUUCUGACCUUUACCACAGGAUGGAAGAGAAGUUGUGUAUAAGUCUCCUGUAACAUUUAUGCAGAAAAUACCAAACCCAUCAGGCAAGAUCACCGUGCAUUGAGAUAUUUUCGUGUUAAAAUAAAACCACACAUUUUCCCACAACCCAUUACUAAAAUAAAGAGGAGAAAGGCUGUGCAGUUUUUCUUUCAGAAGGUGCUGUGGAAGAACUUAGCAGUUCUGCUAUUGUAUUGUAAAUGCUUCUCUCAGGUUUGUCUUCCUAUCGUAUUUGAUAUUCCAUGAAUAACGGAGAUAAGACCAUAAGAUACGGAACAGGUGGAGUUAGUUGUGUGUGCUCUCAAAGGGUAAUGUUCGUAGAGUGUCCAAAAAUGACUGGUCUGCUUGAGGAAUUUUAGAAUGAUAGGAAGUAUCUCGAGUUAGCCUUCAUGCAGUUUUGUAGUUUAAACUUAAAUUCAUCCAGAAUUUAAAGAUUUAGAUGCCUUCCUAAAUUAUACAAUGCUUUACCAAAUCUAUGACUCCUCUGUAACAAACCAGUGGUCAAAAGAAAAAAAGCGUGUUGUAGAUUUACUGUAGGUUUUCAGUCUUUUUAGAUUUAUGCAUGUGGGUGUUUUUAUAAUGUAAUUACAGUCACCACACAGCUAGCUUUUUAAUUGCCGACAGUGAUGCAUGUCAUACUAACAUGUCGUGCCUUUCAAGGCCUAGUCCCAGGGAAAACGUUUUUUAGAGAAUUGGGCAGUGGGAGGAAGGGAAGGAAUAACUUUUUUAUUUAAAGUUAGCUUCUGCACUAUCUUUUUUUUCUCAAUUAUCUGCAUGAAUAAUAAGAAACAUUUUGUGAGUUUAAUUGGUAAAUAUGUUAACACGACCAAGUACUUAAUGUUUUACGCCAUGUCUUCAGCUGUUUAUAUUUAACCAGUAAUUUCCAUGGUCUGAAGCAUGACUCUCAGCUUCACAUGAAUCACAUCUUACUGUGGAACUCAAAAGUUAGGCCACUGAACUUGGCAGUUGUUAUUACCUGGGUCCCUACAGGUGCUCAGGUGUGUGUCCCUGAGUGCGGAGCUGCCUUGAACUUAGGGUGAGAACAAUGGUGGCAGCAGUCAGUCACAGACAUCACCAGACAGGGAAGCCCGGGGGGAGCUCUGCAGUCCUUUAUAAACAAGUGAACCUAGGUGGUGGGAAGGAGUGGCAAGGCUGCCACCCUGGGGCUGUAUGCACGUGCUGUGUUGUGUGUGAUCCCCUCCCUUUGCUUUGUAACUGGUGAGAUUAAAGGGGGAGAAAUCCUGUGUGUUGUAAUGGUAACUUUUGGGAAAUAGGAAAUGAGAAAUUCUCAAGCUGUCCAUCUUGAUUUAUGCUUGGGUUGUUAUGUGCCAUAAUUGCUUUGAGAUCUUUGGUUAUUAGAACUUCUAGAAUUUUGAAGAGAGAAUCCACUCCAUCUGCUUUGUUGAUUUCUCACAUCUCAGUCCUAAGAUACAGCUUGUUGGCAGUAGUUUCCUAAAUACUGCAGGUGCCGCCAUCACCACUAUGGAGAAGUUGAGCGAAGGAAUCUCUCUUCCUUUGUAAAAUAGUUUCUGUUUCUGUAGAAACUUCAUCUUCAGAUUAAACUGUGAUGGAUGAGCUAUCAUAAUUCAAGUAUGCAGUUCUUUUUUCUAUCAGUAGUCCUUGUCAUACAGUAGUAGUAAAGACAUUGAAAAGAUGCAGCAAGCCUAUGCGUCCCUUUCCUCCCCAUGGACGGAGGCGUUUCCAUCCUGACCGUACUUUCGGUUAUGCAGAUACGUGGGUAAUGUAAAUGUUGAUGCUCCCUGUGAAUCUGGCAGAAACAACUUUUGAUUUUACUGGGUAAGUUAAAUGUAGUCUAUAGUAGCUACAGUACUGGGUACAAAUGGUUCAAAGUAAGAUAAAAGUGGGGCUGCAGGGGUGGCUCAACUGGUAAAGUGCCUGCCUAGCAAGUGCGAGGCCCUGAGUUCAAACCCAAGUACUGCCCCCACCAAGAAAAGAAAGGUCAAAGUAAGACAAAAAACUAAAAAAAAACAAAAAAAACCUAAAUCUUAAAAAACUGGUUUAUGCACUAAACAUUUUGUGCCUUGGUCUAACAUUAACAUGAUGUCUGUAAAAAUGACAAAAAAAGAAUCAGUGUUGAGUCAUGCUAUAGUUUCCAUCAUUUUGCAUUAUCCAGACUGCAACAUGUGUUCCUUCCAGGAAGCCUGAUGGAAUUACCCUGCACAUUUUCUGUCAUGCGUGACAGUCAUUGUUAGAGAUUUCAGUAAUUAAAACCAGAAACAAACUUAACAUUACUUUCUUUUAUCAAGACCAUGUCCCUUGGAAUCCCAUGAUUACAUUGGCUUUUGUGCUCUUGUGUGUUGAUGUCUUCAGCUGAGUACAGUUUAGUUAUCCUUUUAACUGCAGGAAGGCACUGCUCUCCUCAACACUGUGAUCUGACCUGUGACAACUCUGUAUCAUACACUCUGUAAAUGGCUAGCAAGUCAAUUGCAAACAAACUGAAUGUACAAAUCUUAGCGCUGGUGCUGAAAUCUCUUCAGAAUGGUCAUCAUGGCCUAAAUGUUUGUUUAAAAAUUUGCAAGCCUCAAGUGUCAAUCAAAACUGAAGGUGAAACGCUGAUGAAUGUGGAACUCUUCCUGCUUCCGGUGUGCUGCCUUCUGGGUUUUUCAGUUCUUUGCUGUUUUUAUCAUUAACUGUUUCAUUUAAAUUUCUUACGCGCUAACUUCAUUUGUGCGAUUGAAAUAAAAUUGCAAUAUAUACAUGUUGCUGGUUUGUGACACUAGAUGAUCUUCUGAAAUAACUUAGUACUUCUAAAAUAAGUAACACUGGGUGUAAACAAAGCACCGUGACACCCCCAGGCUCCACUGCUCACAGGUUACACAUGACGCCACUGUACUUUAAAGAUUCUGUAAAGCCACACGUGCUAAACGCUGCAUCCAAAGGGAAUGUGUGGUAACAGAUCCACUCUCUAUUUUGAAAUACCUGUUGGGCUUUCCGUGUGUGUUGUACUUUUUCUCAGCACAGCUUGACACUGUGUCCCUGCUUUUAUGGUAAAGAUUAUUGAUCUUACUCCAUUUUUGUUCUACAACGUGGUCAUGUAUACUUCAGAUCAUUUACUCUGUUGCAUUUUUUUCUUUAUAUA